AUGUCGGGAGAGCAGACAGGACACCUGAAAGUCCCCGAGGGCGAGCCCUCACCGGUAUCACCAGCAACAGCAGUCGACCCUCAUGGCUACUCGGACGAAGAGAACCCAGUACAAUCCAAAUUCGCCUCACAUUCCCGACAGAACUCAAGAGGUGGUUCACGAACAGCCCGUCGCGCAAAUACCAAUACAGGUCGUGGGGGAAGAGACUCCAUUGAAGAGCCUUUGCGUACCGGUAACUCAACCAAGUCCAAUCGUCCCCUGAGAGACGGCGGCCGCUUCGGAGAAUACGAAGAGGAUUCGGACACUGACCGAUACUGGGGACCCAACGAUCGCCACCCAGACUACAGCGGCGGUCGUGCACCUCGCACUCGUCCACCUCGCGCACACCUCAACCGUUCUCAACCUUACUUCAACUACGACUCGCAGACGGACACUAAGGACUACUUCGAGGAGACUCGGUCCUACGAGCCUGGUGACUACGGCGGUAGACCCCCAUCUCGCAGAAUGUACGACGAAGAAAUGGCGGGCUACCCCCGGAGCGGUGUUGCUGUCCGCAGCACCAACGGAGACCAGGCCCGGAUCGACUGGCACAACUUAUCCAGGGAAGAGAAGGCACAGGUUAUGCGCCUGCCCCUAACCCAAUGGAUGAACUCGGACUUGAAGAACCACUUUGUCGCCAGUCUUGGUGAGCUUGUUGGCACGACAAUGUUCCUCUUUUUCGCCUUCGCCGGAACGGAGGUCGCCAACAUUAAGCCGGCCGGCAGCAACGGAGCCUCUGCUGGCAUGAACGCUGGCACCCUUCUCUACAUCUCAAUCAUCUUUGGAUUCUCUCUCAUGGUCAACGUCUGGAUCUUCUUCCGCAUCAGCGGCGGCCUGUUCAAUCCAGCCGUCACGCUCGGCAUGUAUCUUGUCAAGGCCAUCAACGCAGCGCGGGCGGUUUAUCUUUUCAUCGCCCAACUCUUAGGAGGAAUGCUAGCGUCACUUAUUGUCAGGUUUCUGUUCCCGGAGAACUUCGAUGUUCGUACGAAAUUGGGCGGCGGAGCCACGCUGGUUCAGGGUGUCUUCAUCGAGGCUAUCUUGACAGCCGAACUGGUUUUCACCAUUUUCAUGCUCGCGAAAGAAAAGCAUAGAGCCACUUUCAUUGCCCCUGUUGGCAUUGGUCUGACUCUAUUCAUCGCAGAGUUGGUGGGUGUGCAGUUUACUGGAGGCUCACUCAACCCAGCUCGAAGCUUUGGACCCUGCGUCAUCACUGCAACCUUCGAGCAGGAACACUGGAUUUACUGGAUUGGACCAUUCUUUGGUACUUUGAUUGCUGUCGUCUUCUACAAGUUCAUUAAGAUCUUGGAGUAUGAGAUGGCCAACCCAGGCGCUGAUGGUGACGCGGAGAAUGACCCAACCAAGAACCCCGCAAAGAUGGAGGAGUUGCGUUUGGCUCGUACCAGGUCCAAGCAGGGUUGA